AUGGACUCUAUAAUUGAGACUCAACGAUCCACACACGAGGAAAUAGAAAGGUAUGAACAAGCUCUUGCCGAAGUGCUUCUCCAAAAUCCUACAGCACAAAAGAACAUCACUAGAAGGGAUAGAAAAGCAGCGGAUGUUUUAGGUAGAUUAGGUGGAUUACGAAAGGAAUUAGUUGAUUUUUAUGAAGAUUUACCUGGAUUAAGACCUAGAGAACUUCAAUUACUUUCAGCUCCUCAAGCGGGCGAAGAUGAUUUGGCUGAAUUCUAUACAAGAUAUAACAAGAUAAAAGAUUUUCAUCAACGUAAUCCUGGUAUCAGUAGUAGACAAAUGAUCAGUCAAGUAGAUGAAUUGGUGAAAGGAGAUGGAAUCCAAACUGUUCAUGUGGAAGGUGAUGCAGAACCUACUAUCAUUGAUCCUUUGGACUCGAUAUUUAGUGGAGAAGAGGCCCAUGGGAAAUACCUCGAUAUGCUUCUGAGUCAUUCUCAAUACAUGAAUCUUAGAGGAGCCACUCGGUUAUCCUAUAUAGGGUUUUUAGAUAUGUUAAAACAAGGGAAAGUUGAAAGAACUUUGGAACUAAAAGAGAAAUCUUCAGCUGCUUAUUUGGAAUAUGUUCAAACUCUCUAUAACUAUUUGAUGUCAUAUUUCGAACGAGCUUUACCUUUGGUCAAUAUACAAGCUAAGAUCAAGGAAGAAGAAGAGAAAUUCAAAUCUGCUUGGGAAGCUGGUCAAGUUCAAGGUUGGGAAGCUGAGAGCAGUACAAAAUCCAAAGCGCAGAACAAUAAUGGCGAAGGAAUAUGGUGUCAAUAUUGUCAAAAGAGUUACUCAAAACAGACAGUAUACGAUGCACAUCUUAAUUCCGACAAGCAUAAGAAAAAAGAACAAGCUUCAAAAUCAUCCUCAUCUUCAGAUCCAUCAAAGACCAAUGGUUCUUCAGCACCUGUAGCUUCGACGUCGACAUAUCGUAAUAAGCUUGAAAUACCUGCAAGACUUACUCAUCUUAUCUCAGCAAUACUCUCAUUGCCGCCCAUUCCUGAGAAAUUAGCACAUACACGUUCAGAAACGGAAAGGAAGAUGGCUUUGACCGCUAGAGAAAGAGAAACGGAAUUGGUGGAACAAGAAGAAGCUCCUGCUGUUCCUAUAGAUCUGGGUAAUGAAGAUGAGGACGAGGAAGACGAUGGAAAGAUCUACAAUCCACUGAAGCUACCUCUUGGGUUUGAUGGAAAGCCAAUUCCCACGCUGUACAAAUUACAUGGCCUGGGAGUCACCUUUGACUGUGAAAUCUGUCAACAAAGGAUUCAGGGUCGCCGGGAGUUUGAUAAACACUUCAGUGAAGGCAAACACAUGUUAGGACUUCGAGCUUUAGGUAUACCGACUUCUGGAAAUCGACAUUUUCUCGGCAUCACUUCUAUCUCAGAUGCCCUUGCCCUUGCCGAAAAGCUCAAAAGAGAAGGGAGAGCCUCUCUCCAAGAAGCCGAACGAGCAGAAGAGUUUGAAGAUGAAGAUGGAAACGUAUAUGACAAAAAGACUUACUUCGACUUGAAGAAGCAAGGUUUGUUAUAA